AUGUCGUCAAUGCAGACCAGCAAGAACACUGGAAACGUUGCCGGUGGCUACAAGGCAGCUUUGAAGAAUCCGAACGUUUCCGAGGAAGCUAAGGAGCGCUCGCAACAAGCCCUUGAGGAAAUGGGGGACAGCGGCGAGCUUCAGCAGCCCGACAUGGAAGCUGGCAAGAACACAGGGAACGUCAUUGGAGGUCACAAGGCUACUCUUGCUAAUCCCAGAGUCUCCGAGGAAGCGAAAGAACACUCCCGCGCUGUACUCGAGGACAACCAGGCUCUUUAA